CAGUGGCGUCCUGAGGCAGGUUCGGGGGGUGCGUUCCGCUCUGGGUGACACCAACUGCACGGGGUGACACUGGACCUGCUCCACAAAAAGGUAAGUUGUAAAGGAAGCCAACAAUCCCUGUAGGAUGGAUCGGAUCUGCAGAUUGAGCAUAAUGGAUCGGAGUCUGAUCCAUUAUGCUCAAUCUGCAGAUCUGAUCCAUUCUGCAGGGAUUGUCGGAGGGGGUGUCACCAAGUGUUACCGCACCGGGUGACACCAACCGUAG